CACCCAAUCCCCACCAGACUAAAAACCAAAAAACAGAAGAAAUGCAUAGUUCCUUCGACGCCACUACCAGCAACCACCCCCAUCAUCCUUCAGAGCAACAGCUCUCCGUUUUUCUCUCCGUUCUCCGAUAAUGAAACGACAUGCAGCUCCUUUAACCGUCUUGUCGUUCUCGUGCCUCCUUAUCCUCUUACUACCAAUCCUGACCGUCGGAUUUGCUGAUCGUCUACAAGCAUACGACCCUCCUCUCAGUCUGCUCAAAACGGCACUGCAGCCAGAACAAAAACCAGAGGAGAUAAAGAGCCUUCGGGUACGGGAAGGGGCACCGUUUAAGAUCGCGCUCUUUGCUGACCUGCAUUUUGGAGAGAACGCGUGGACUGAUUGGGGCCCACAACAGGACGUUAACUCCAUCAAGGUCAUGUCCUCUGUUCUCGACGAUGAAUCACCAGAUUUUGUGAUAUAUCUCGGGGAUGUAAUAACGGCAAACAACAUACCGAUUGCAAACGCAAGCUUGUAUUGGGAUAAAGCAAUAUCUCCAACGAGGGCAAGGGGCAUACCAUGGGCUAGUAUCUUUGGUAAUCACGAUGAUGCACCAUUUGAGUGGCCAAUGGAGUGGUUUUCUUCUCCUGGAAUUCCUCCUAUUAAUUGCCCUGCACCUAACGCAUCAUCAUGCUCAGGGGAAAGCUACUGUAGCUUUAGAGGCACACAACGGAUAGAGCUAAUGAAAAAGGAGAUUGAGCAUAAUCUCCUAACGUUGUCUAAAAAUGGCCCGAAAGAUUUGUGGCCAAGUAUAUCCAACUAUGUCCUCCAGCUCUCAUCAUCAGAUGAUCCAGAGUCACCAGUUCUGUUCAUGUAUUUCCUAGACUCUGGUGGCGGAUCCUAUCCUGAAGUUAUUUCAAAUGCUCAAGCAGAAUGGUUCCAGCAUGUAUCUGAGGAGAUCAACCCUGAUUCAAGGGUUCCUGAGGUUAUCUUUUGGCAUAUACCAAGCAAAGCUUACAAGAAUGUGGCCCCCAGGUUAAGGAUCCACAAGCCUUGUGUUGGUUCCAUGAACAAAGAAAAAGUUGCUGCUCAAGAAGCUGAAUUGGGUAUCAUGGACAUGCUAGUUAAACGGUCUUCUGUCAAGUCUUUCUUCAAAAGUUGAAGGAAGGUUAUUGAACAAAUAACUUACAGUUCCAACGAGUUUUGACAACCCAAUAAAGAAGUCUUCAUGGCAGGGGGACCAGAUAGAGGACGUGCUACCUGUGGAUAAGUUUUGUGGAAGUUGAAGCUCAAAUAAAGUUGUCCAUCUGCUUUAAAUUUUGACAAAGCCAAAUGGGGGUCCCUAUUGAUCGUACUUCUUUGGAUUGUGGCAGGCAGUAUUUGCAGGACACAACCAUGGAUUGGACUGGUGCUGCCCCUACAAGAAACUUUGGCUAUGUUAUGCUAGGCAUACUGGUUAUGGUGGCUAUGGAAAUUGGCCUAGAGGAGCUAGAAUUCUGGAGAUUAAUGACCAGCCCUUCUACAUCAAGUCAUGGAUAAGGAUGGAAGAUGGAAAUGAACACAGCCAAAUUAUCUUGAGUCCUUGACAGGUUACCUCUGUAAUACUACUGUCAAUGGAGACGAAAAAACCUCCUGUUAUCAACUUGUGUGUAAUGGUGGUAAUGCUCUUUUCCCCACCUCUUUAUUAAAAGAAAUUCAACCCUAAACGCAA